AUGUCCCCUGUCCCACCAUGGAAUACAACCUCUUCUACCAGCCAAACCGGCGUGACGCCAUCUUCGGCUCAGGAUUUGUGGCGUGGUAGUGAUAUCAAUCGACAGCCGUCGUUUAUUGAUAUCUGCUUCGAGCACAACAACAUCAACCCCCAUACCUCUUCCUCUUCUCAUCAUAUACCCGCCCGCGAUUCAUCAUGGGCGAAUGCCGCCCAAGUAGAGUCACUGGAGCAACUUUUGCCUACGUAUUUCGACUUUGAUUUAUUCCUAGACCCGGCUUCUGCUGGUCUUGACUCGUCUUCAUCUUCUCAUACCCCCUCGACCACUUCGCCCAAUCAACUCGACUUGCCGCUUGAUCUCCCUUCGCACGAAUUUGACCAGCCCUGGCUGGCCGGGCAAAUCGACCUGGGCACGAUUGGUGUGGGCGAACACGCUGAAAAUAUGCUUCAACCACGUCUACACCCGACGACAACAGGGCCGAUGGCCUCGCCACUUGAUCUUGUCGGUCUCGAAAUGGAUCGCUUUACCUCUGCUAGUACUGACACUACUGUCACUUCCAUCUUCGACAACAACCCCACCACCACUACAUCGCCAAUCUCGCUAAAGUCUCGACCCAUCCUUGCUCCCAAGCACACGUCUCCAGCAACCUCCUCCUUUUCUGUGUCCCCACCCAUCACAUUCAUUGAUUCAAGCACAAAGCCCGCUACAACUGCGAAGCCUGCCCCGAGCAAGAAACGGUCUCGCACCGAAUCUUCAAUCGCAGGAGACUCCAGUCAUAGCGCGCAGGACUCAGAAGACGAGAAGGCGGUGGAGAAGCGUCGACGCAACACCAUGGCUGCGCGUCGAUUCCGGAAACGGAAACUAGAUCAUGUUGCCGAAUUGGAAUCGAAGCUGUCUACGGUGACGCAGGAACGGGAUGAUUUGAAACUGCAGAUUGCCAAGUGGGAGGGUGAGGUUAUGGCGUUGAGGAAGUUGUUAGAAAGGAAGGAUUAG